ACUAAUAGAGCAGCUGUCUAUCGGUCAGGUUGUUCCUCGCCAAAAUUAGCUAACAAGAAAAUAAAUUACGGGAAGUUGUUAAUUAAAAAGGUGACCCAGAUAAAAAAACGGUACACAACUGAACGAUGUCAUGGAAAAAGGAGCUAAAAGUGCUGGCUAAGCCUUACUAUUGGGUUAACAUACUUCUGGCCAUAUCGUAUCUGGUGUCAAAGAAGACGAAUGUGAUAUGCACGCGCCUUUUUCAGCAUGCCAACCAGGAGGAGGACAUCUGUGACAUGGAAAGUCGCGAAGUGGAAAUACUCUUCUUUCUGCUAAUUGUUGUGAUGAUCCGAUCACGUAAAACUGGAAGUGUUACUAUGAUCAACUAUUUGACCUCGUCGUUUCUCUACACAAAGGUGGCAAAUAUGAUUUUAUGGGCCUAUGCAGAUUUUCGAUAUGGAUUGGGUUUUCUGUUGCUCUGCGUGCUCGUUGGAAUGCUGUUGCCAGAGCCUUCGUAUCGUGGCCCAGAGCAUAUAACCUACUUCCGUACUGCCCAAACCUUCGAGGAGGAGCUAGUGAGGGAUAAAAAGGUUAGCUGGUUAAUAUGUUUCUACACCGUUUGGAACCCGACCUGCGUGAAUUUUGCACCGAUCUUUGCGGAGCUGUCGGCGGAAUAUAAUGCGAAUUUAUUGAAAUUUGGUAAAAUCGAUAUUGGACGCUUCCCAGAUGUUGCGGCCAAAUAUCAUAUCUCAGACAGCAGCUUCUCGAAGCAAUUGCCUACGUUAAUACUCUUCCAGCAGGGCAAGGAGGUGGAGCGUCGUCCUUGCGGCGAUGCCAAAGGAAAGUUGCAAAAGUUUUUCUUCUCCAGCGAUAAUGUGAGAGCAUGCUUUGGCUUAAACCAGCUCUACAAACAGGCUGUCGAGAAGCAGAUGCCUGUGGAGUCUAAGAAAUCCAAAUAGUUGAGCACACGAGAAGGGAAACAAAUGAAGUGUCAUCCCAUUGUAAACCCAAAAAGCGCAAACAUGUGUCAUCGAAUUGCAAUUUGUUUUGUACGUGCUAAUAGUUUAGUUUUUAGUUCAUUUUUUAAUUUAUUUGAUCAUUGCACAAAAUGUAACAAAGCUCGCUGGCACGUACAUACAACUAUGUAGAAGCCCAAAGCGUUGCCGUUGCCAUUGGCUAAAUUAUUAUUUGUAGUCAAAUUCAAGU